AUGGCCACCACCAGCAAGGCGGCCGCAGCUGCCGUCCUCCUGCUUCUCGUCGCAGCUGCCGCCGUUCUGCCGGCGUCGGCCAGUACCCUAACGGUGUUCUCGGACAAGGGAUGCGCCGGGAGGACCAAGGACGUCAACGGCUGUGGGUGCUUCGACAUCAGCGGGUACAAGGGAGGGUACCAUUUUGUGUUCACGGAGGGCCAGGCAGCCGUACUUUACACCGAUUCCUACUGCCAUGGCUCCUCCGUCUCCCUGAAAAAAGAGACCCGCCGCUGCAAACUUCACAACUUCAAGAGCAUCUAUAUGAUCUGCUGA